CGAGUAUUCCCACAGUGCCAAUGUAAAACUGUUUGCUCUACCAUGCUCUAUGAUCCAGUCCUGUAACAGUGUUAGCUAACUAUACACGAGGAUGUCGCAAGUUGAAGCGUCGCCGCACUCUAGACGACCAAUUGCUAAGCCUGCGCCCAUUGAGAUACCAGUAGCCUCCCUGCCUACACAUAAUCGCCUCCAGCUUUGGCCAGCGUUGCGUGUUGCACCGGAAGAGUCGCCUUGGACUCCGAGUCCCCGUCAAAAAGAUGAAACAUGCCCCGCAAGGUUCCUGAGCAAUGCUAUAGAAGGGGCGGGAGAUGGUGGCUGGUCAAGUAUGCCUGCGCACCUGCUGGAGUUCAUCUUUGCGGCACUAAGAGACCCUCAGGGGCGCUGGCCAUCACGCCAGGUCCUGUUUGGCAUCUGUGGCGUGUGCAAGUUGUGGCGUCGCGUGGGCCACACCUUGUUCUUCUCCGACGUCUGGAACAACCACUCGGAUGUGGUGGUGCACCCUUCGCAGCAAACAAGCAGGCGCUGCUACCAGCUCAUGUUGGGUCCGCUGCCGGGGCGCGGCCCUGCACCCGGGCCGCCCCCUCGCAGCCCCCGCCCCUCCCCGCUGCCUUCCCCGGGCCCCAGUCCCGCCGCCUCAUGUCCACCGCAUGGGCCGGCUGGGAGCAGGGGGUGUAGAGGCGGGGGUGGUGGAGAGGGCGGCGGCAGAGGAGGAGCAGGGGCAGGCGGUGCAGUGGCGGCAGCAGCGGUGGCGAGUACAGGAGCAACAGCAGCAGCUGGCGGUGGCGGUGCGGAGGAGCGGGAGCAGCGGCUGCACCAUGGCAGGGGUUCCCAUGAACAUGCUCCACUACAACAGGAACACCACCACCAGCAGCAGCAGCAGCACCAGCAGCAGCGGGGGGACAUGCGGAUGCGAUCCCUGUCGUCUGGGCCGCAGUGCCCCUAUCACUCCCAUCACCACCGAGGGGGGGAGCAGCAGCAGCAGCAGCCGGAUGAGGUGCAUGCUGCUGAGGAGGAGGAGCCGCAGCAGCAGCAGCGGUGUUGGAGUCCGGCUGGUAUCCUGGCGGGUCUCAGCCGUCGUUCAUUCCGGCUGGGAGGAGGAGGAGGAGGAGGAGCAGCAGGAGGGGCAGGAGGCAAGGAGCGGUGUGCUGGAUUGGGCGGUGGCAGCAGCAGCCGUGGCGGCAGCAGCGGAGGCGGAGGGGGAGGGGGAAGCGGUGUGGUGGUGGCGGUGUUGCGAAGUAACUUGCGGUGCAGCGCGUACGAGCUGCUGCCCGUGUGCUCCUCCCCCUGGUCCCGUCGCCUCGUCUCCCUGGCUGGAUAUCAGGUGGGACCCUGCCCCGACCCUGACGCCGAGCCUGACACCGACACAGCCGCCGGCGGUUCGUCCUGCGUUCCCAGUCCCCGCCGGCCCCGCGGCCCCCGGCCUCUGGCCGCCCUUCCGCCGCCGCCGCCGCUGAUUCAAAUUGACUACCGAUUGCGGGUUCGAGGGAUCAUGCUGCCCCGGAGAAUGAAGGUCCAGGUGCCUGUACCGCACUGCAUGCAACGUGUCGUACACAACCCCCUGUACGACCUGCACGACCAUGACCAGCUGCUGGUGAUGACUCAUCACACCCAGCUGGCGGGUGGUGGCGACCUGCUCCUCCUGGGCAGGGGCGGCAUCAACGGUGCAGGAGGAGGAGGAGCAGCAGCAGGAGGGGGAGCAGGCGCGCUCCUGCAGGGCAUGGCGCAGUUCGGUGGUGGUGGUGGCGGAGGAGGAGGAGGCUUGGGUGCGGGUGCGGGUGCGGGUGCUGCUGCUGCUGGUGCUGCUUUCAUGGCUCCUCCGCCCCCGCCUCCCCAACCUCUCCUGGCUGCUGCUGCUGCGGCAGCACAUCCGGCUGCGGCUGCUGCUGCGGCGGCGGCUGUGGGGAAUCAUGCAGCCGCAGCCGCAGCGGGCAUGCCACUUGGCAUGUUGGGAGGAGGCGGAGGGGGAGGAGGAGGGAUGGUGGCGAUGCUGGAGGACUUGCUGGAGGCUGUGAUGCGCAGCCAGCCGCUCCUCCUAGCGGAUAUGGUGGAGGCCGCCGCGGCAGUGCGACCCCAGGAGCAGGAGGUGGAGGUGGCGGGGGAGGUGGGGGAGGUGGGAGGAGAGCAGCAGGCGGCAGCAGGGGCGGUGGGCAUACAGGGUGCCGGCGGAGGCGGCGGUAUGGGUGCUGGCGCGGCCGGUGGAUGUGCCUUAGUCGGCGGAGGCGGCGGAGGCGGUGCUGGCAGCGCCCGUCACAUCCUCCCAGGCAGAAGCAGGAGCCACAACGCCGCUGCCUUAGCCGCCGGCGGCGGCGGAGGUGCAGCAGCGGACGAAACCUCUGGUGGUGGUGGUGGUGGCGGUGGUGGUGGUGGUGGCAGUCAUGCCGACGGCCGCCGAGGGGUCCGGGGCCGGGGCUUGCUGCCGCGCGGCUUCUUCUCCUUCCGCAGCCGCCGGGGCGGUGGCGGUGGCGGUGACGGUGGUGACGUCACCAACGUACCAGUACACGGCUGGGGACGCGGUACCCCCACCACCACCACCACCACCACUAACGGAAGCGGCGCAGGCGGCAGCAUGACGUCCCCGCCGCCGCCACCCGCUCUCACGACCUCAACCCCGCUGCCCCGUCCUCCACCUCCGCCGCCUCCGUCGGUUCCGGUGGUUCGACUCCAAAACAAGGCCCCCCAUUGGAACGACACGCUCAUGUGUUGGUGCCUCAACUUCCGCGGCCGGGUCAAGAUGGCUUCCGUUAAGAACUUCCAGCUGAUGUGCUGCGCUGACGGUGCGGGUCGUUGCGUGAUGCAGUUUGGCAAGGUGGAGGAGGGGGUGUACAUUCUGGACUUCAAUCCCUGCGUGCUCACGGCGGCUCAGGCGUUUGCGGCGGCGCUGUCAACGUUUGAGACCAAGUACUUGUUGUGAGGGUGUUCAGGCAGGACGAGGGAAGGAAGGAGGGCAUGUGCUGCUGUGGCAUGGGCUGCGUUGGGCGUUGGUUUGGGGGUGCAUAGGUGUUGGAGUUCAGGUCGUUGUUGUGAUGACAGUUACAAUGUUCGUUGUUGUUGUUGCCGUUGGGUGCGCAUGCGGAGUGGGGUCGCAUGCAGGUACAGUGCAGCAGUUGCUGAUGGCUGCACAGCGUGCUGCAGUGACCGACAGGUGGUACUUUGUCAGCAGGAACGCUGUCAGCUGGCUGGUUGUUGAUGUGGUCAUUAAUGUCAGCGAGAGGGGUUUGUAGAUCGCAGUUUAUUAAGAAGGAACGACAAUGAGAACAGAAUUAACUACACGCAGCAGGACGACAGUUGCAGUGGAGGGUUGGAGGGUCGGGUACAACUUCGCAGUGUGUGUUUUCGGAAGCCAUAAUGCGUAAGAGCAAAAGACAAUGAAGGCAAUAAAAUACUUGAGCAUGGACUUUGUUACCCGCGAGGAGAGCGGAGUAGGAGGGGAAGGUUGCACCGGGGGAACGUCCUUAUGCUGGCAAAGCCUCCUUUUGGGAACCGGUCCGAAGGCCCUUUUUGGAUAAACAAUAGAAUGAAGAGGAGGGAUAGCGGUAGACAGACAUGAUGCUUAGGGGCGACGUUGGUUGGUUGGACGAUGCAAGUGGUGGUUGGAGGUAACGGUGAAGGUCGGCGGCAAGGGGCAUGAAACUUGACAGUCUGUGUGGACAGCUGCUCUGGUUGCUUGGCUUGCGGAGUACGGCGGUGCGUGGUUGCAUGGGAGAAAGCAUCUCCUAGGGCUAGUUAGGGUAGUUACUUGAGGGGUUGAGUUACGUGUUCCCUUAAACCGUGUUUAGCCGUGGGUUCUCGUCGUCGUCAAAGGCAUUGCAUACAUGCACGCACAGACCGGGAUUCCUUUGUAGUUAUAAUGAUAAUAAUGAUGUCCAGGCCAGCGCUAUCUGCCACACUCGGGCACUAGCUUCAGUGUUGUUGCGUUACAAUACCCGUAUCGGUAGGAACUGCAGGAUUGAUGGGAUGACACAUUAGCUGUUGGAUAUUUUCUUACAUGGUAGCUUUAGCCUAAGCAAAGAUUGACUCGUGUAUCAAGUUUCACGAGUUGUUGUUGAAAGCUGUUACCGGGUGGAUGUAAACAUGUUUUGCUACUAUUGCAGCGGCUGCUGCUGCUGCACUGUCCGAGGGGGCCCCCCUGCUCAGUAACCAACAUCCCACGCGGAUACCCCCCCUGUUGAACUUGGCUGAGACCUGUAAGCCAGACCUCGGCCCCCUGUAACAUUCUGGCG